CGUUUUUCCUUGGCCAAGGCUGUAGGCUUUUCCUCCGUGUGCCAACCGCGCUUGCGUACAGUCCUGCACUAACUAUACGUCGCACAAUAACGUUGCUUGCAGAAUGUUUUGAAAGCUCGUGCGGUAGGCUCGCGGUGACAUCUGCUCGCGUGUUUUGUCGUAUUUUGGCGUGCUUCUCUUCGCAAAAGAACCGAACGAACGGAUAGGUAGACGAACGUCGGUGUGCUUGAAUCGGUUCGAGGCCAGCAAUCGAUCGCCUGUCAACGCGCAGUGAUAUUCGCUUAUAGUUCUACGUGAAUUACGUUCGUUUUCUCUCUUUCUCUCAUUCCGUCUUUUCCAUUGAUAAAUAUGACGAGUUUCGCGCGGCAGAACUACCAUAAGGAUUGUGAGGACGCGUUAAAUGAACAAAUUAAUGAGGAGCUAUACGCCAGUUAUGUCUAUCUGUCUAUGGCGUACUACUUUGAUAAAAGCGAGGUCGCUCUGCCAGGUCUCUCCGCGUACUUCAAGAAGGCGUCGGACGAAGAGCGCGAGCAUGCCAUGAAAUUUCUGACUUAUCAGAACAAGCGGGGCGGCAUCAUCAUCCUGAAGCCGAUUGAGGCACCACGGACAGACUGGGAGAGCGCGGAGAACGCGAUGAUAGAGGCUCUACAGCUGGAAAAGAAUGUGAACAAGAGUUUACUACAUUUGCAUCAAAUCGCUACGACGCACGAUGAUCCUAACUUGAUGGAUUUCUUGGAAAAUGAAUUCCUGCAGGAACAAGUGGACUCGAUAAAGGAGAUCGCUGAUCACGUGACGAAUCUGAAGAGAGUAGGGGAGGGCCUUGGAGUUUAUAUGUUCGACAAGGAGCUAAGGAAUCAGGACUAAUCGAAUAAACCUUGCCGGAUCGACAUUGGAUUUUAGAUAAAUAUCGCAGGAUACUGUGUUAUUUAUAUCGCAUUAUAAAGCGACGUACGCGAUAAAUAAGGAAAGAAUAUAUGUAGGCACACAUUGUUCUUUGUGAGAUAUAUCGAGAAUAUCUCGGGGGAAAUAUGUAGCCAAUUCAAUUCAAUACCAAUUUCUCGUAUCAAGUGGCUUCAUCGUGCAAUUAAUAAUAUUUAGCAGCAAAAUUUUUAAAAAGUAUAUGUAUAUUGUAUUCAUAUAAUAUCUAUACGAGUUAUCGCGUAACUUGCACGUCGUUGUAUAGUUUUAAAUCGAAUAAUAACAACUGAAAAUAUUA